CAAAACAAUCAGGUUGGAAUUUAAAAUACCAGUCGUCAACCUUGAGGAGAAAAAGAAUUCCCACCAGGGAGGCGGUUUUGAUCCCACAAGCUUGCUCGACUCCACUGGGAAAUACCCUGGCCUUCUGAGGUUCCCUUCGCAGCAGCGUGCACGGUCGCUCAGCAGCAGCAGGAGCGAGAAUGCAGAAUGUUUCUCUGGUUUCCCGGUAACAGCACCCCGGCCGAAGGGGAGCCGUUAUGCUGGAGACACAGUGGAGCCGGUGAGAGCAGAAAGCGGAGCCUUGACUUUUACCAUGGCAGAAAGCAAGCAAGAGAGGAGCUUGACUCAUCUUUUAGAUGGCUUGGAAAAGGCCCACAGAGCUGAUGUUCAACUUUACACCUCAGGACACUUAAACCAUAACAAGCUUUAUAAGCCGCAAGAGACUAUAAAACCGGGAUACUGGGACAGCGCCAAGAAACCAACACGUUUCAUGACAGAAAGAAAGCAAUUCCCAGCUCAAAAUAUAUGCGAUGAGACAGCCAAGAAGAUGAAAAAUACUUUGGCUGAUUUCACCCCCAGCACCACACUGGUUCCAGUACGUGCCAAAUCUGCAUCUCCUAUCUACAAACACUCUCAGGCACUCAUGGCCAGUGUUGAUCGCCCAGUGAAUGGCCCAUUAACUUCUACUCCUUUGGAAAGGCAGUUGAAAGAGCUUAAAAAAAAAAUAGAGGAAGAAACUGACAGACUCAAUAAGCCACUUAAAAGAGAAGAAUUAGAUGUGCCAGAGAUGAAGGUGUUGAAGUACAAGCCAGCUAAGAACAGCCGACGUGCUGCUGCUGAAGUUGCUAAGGAUGAGUACCAGUUUAUGCCUUCAUAUUUGGCUGGAGUGACUAAAACUGAUCAGUUUAACAAGUUUUUACAUUUUCAGAGGGAUUUUAUUGUCAAGCGUGAUCUGCUAGAGAAUGACACCACUGGGAGCAAAGCAUCAGAGCGGCAUGAAAGGAAGUUGGCUCAGGAGCUCCAGAGGAUCUGUGAUUGUAACCGUCCCCAUUUCAAACGGCUGCAGGUCUUUGGGGAUGUGUUUGAAGAUAUUUGCAACAGCUCUUUAAUAUUUGGUGAUAUUCUGAAGGAAGUUAAGAAUGAAUAUGAGCUCUACAUGGUGAUACUUCUGGAUUCUCUGCCUACAACACAAUACAAGACCCUGAUGGCUCAGGUAAAAGGUAUGGAGAAAAGAACUCUGAAGACGCGAGAAAUAGAAGAGCUCAGGCGAGAAGUACAGACCCUUGUGAAAAAAGCCAAAAGUGUCUGGGAGAGAAAUGAAGAACUCAGAAAUGAAUUAGAAAUUCAAUUGUGGGUGAGCCAGUCUCCUGAGAGUAAAAUUGUUCCAGAGACCUCCAGGGAUCAUACUAUGAAACUGCCUGAAGAGAAACCUCUCACCCUUGCUGAACAGAUUGAAUCUAUGAGGUGCCAAGUUCUCGCUAAGUGGGAGGAAAUGCAAGCGCUAGAGAAAGAGAUUCGAGAAACCAUGACUUAUGCUGGGAUGGCAAAUACUAUAGAGAAGAUGGUUAAAGACAUAGAGGCCGAAGCUGUCAAACUCAGCUCAGACAACAGCUUCCUUCAGAAACAAAUCAAAGAAGUUCAAUACAACAUCACAGGCAUCUUAAAUAGACAGAAGGUCACCCAGGAAAUUCAGCGAAAGUUGUGGGAGUUGCUGAAGAAAUUCUUGUCACUUGAAGAUAAUGAAUCGUCAGACAAUUCAGAAGAACAUGUAGGAAGAUAAAUUGUAGAUGCCUUGAUGGUAUACUUGACACCUUGAAACCAUGCAAAUGAAAUCCAAAUAUGAAAAACUGAUGCUGAGUCUCAGAAUUAAGUAUAAUAAUGCAACUUCAGAAAGAGAAAUGCAUGCCAUUUUUUACACAAAUUAUCAUGGUUUGGUAUUCUGUAUAUAUAGAAAGAGAUUACUAUAUACUAUCUAGAAAAUGCCCUGAAUUAGUAAUAGCAAUUGUUUAAGUAACUAUGCCUUUUCCAUGCAGCUUUCAAUAGAAGCCGCCCUCGCUUCGUGAUGGAACCUUUAUUAUGCAAGUGGCAGAGGUUAUUAAUUAAAAUCCCAGGAUGGAACUCACAACUAACAGCUAUUCAAGUAAAUGGAAGCUGCAGCUUCCAAAUAAGAUCUAUUUAUAUCACUGUGUGCAAACACUUUCUUGCAAGUACUGCAUACAGGACUUGAUUUGGACUGGUAUACAGUGGUAUGGCAUACUGGCACCUCUCCCGGAAGCCUUCUUGUUCUUCAGAAUCUCAGCUUCCAUCUUAGAAAAGUAAAUGUCUAGCUGUUACAAUUGCAAUAAAACCCUUGAAAACACAAACCAAGUAUAUGUGAAGCAGCAGUGUCUGCCUGAAUUUGCAGAGUGCCUGUAAAGCUAGCUCCAAAGUGUGUAUUGCCCCAUUCAUCUCAAAGAGGUGUUAAUUCAGAUGCCAGUAAUGAUAUUUUAAAUGUCAACAUUGUUUAUUAUUUCAUGGCUCAUCAGAGUAUGUAAGAAAAAAUAGAGGAAGGAAGGAAGACUGAUAUUAUGAAGAUUUGCACAGACUACUGCAAGUAGCAGCUCCUUUUUUGCCAUGCAACAAGGGGGAGAAUACCCCUACUAAUUAUUUUCCCCAAUCAAAAAGGAGCCAAAAUCCAGGGAGAGUAGGGGGACAUUCAUACUCCACCCAGGCUAUGUCUACAUUGCACAGCUAAAUAACCCCUGACUGGCCCCUGGGUCUGAGCAGCCAGGUAAGCUUAGCCUGGACAUGAGUGUCCCCACUGUGUCUGCCAAUGUGUGUCUAUGGGCAUAUCCCAUAGUUCUUUCUGCUGAGGUGCUCUAAAAUUCUUUCCCAGUUAGUUGUCAAUUGUCCAGUCUGGGAAAUAUACUGGAGGACUGUCAGAACUUGAGUGAUUUUAGCCACUGACGUCUAACCUGCACACCCAGCUGGGUAAGAUAACCUGAAAUUAAAGCUAGGUCACAGGUUUUUUUUUUAAUAUGGAUGGUAGGUUCAGGCUAAAACCUUUGUGCAGUGCAGAAGUACCCUGAGAGAAAACCAAGCCAGGGAGGCUAGCAGAUUCUCUGGGUGUAUUUGAAUCCCCCAGUAAGGUGAAGCUAAACUCAAGAGGCUCAGAGACCAUGUACAAUCAAACUUGGAACAUAUUGUGAUAAAGUUCCUCCUCUAACUUGGUGGGUCCUGCGCUUAUUGGUGGAUUUUGCUCACCUCAGAGAUUCACAGUAGCCCUCAGUUUGGCCACUUUCAUGGCUCAAAUCUGCCGUUCACUCAGAUAACCUCAUCACUGGCCAGAAUGGGGAAAAAAGAGUAAGAACAAUCCCCACAGUCUCUGCUGAUCCACCGUGUGGGUCGGGGAACAGCCUAGAGAACUUCCCCUCCAGUGGAACCUUCUGUGUUGGAUCAGGAGUUGGGAGAUUUGGGGGCAACCCGGGCCCACCCUCUAUCCUGGGUUCCAGCCCAGGGCCCUGUGGACUGCAGCUGUGCAGAGUGCCUUCUGGAACAGCUGUGCAACAGCUACAACUCCCUGGGCUACUUCCCCAUGGCCUCCUCCCAACACCUUCUUUGUCCUCACCACAGGACCUUCCUCCUGAUGUCUGUUAACGCCUGUACUCCUCAGUCCUCCAGCAGCACAUCCUCUCACUCCCAGCUCCUUACGCACCCCUCACUAACUGGAGUGAGAGCCUUUUUAAACCAGGUGUCCUGAGUAUCCUUAAUUAAUUCUAGCAGCUUCCCAAUUGGCUACAGGUGUCCUAAUUGGCCUGCCUGCCUUAAUUAGUUCUAGAAAGUUCCUGAGUGUUCUGGAACAGUCCCUGUUACCUUACCCAGGGAAAAGGGACCUGCUUAACCUGGAACUAAUGUAUCUACCUUCAACCACUCUCUUGUAGCCAUCUGGCCUGACCCUGACACAAUAUGCACAAUCUGCUGAGUGCAGCCUCUCCUUUCGGCAUCUGCAAUGAGUAGAGCUUGGAAGAGCACAUCUACCUUCUUUUUUUACAGGUCAAUCUUUGACUCAGGCCCAAGAACAAAGUUUAGAUAGAUAACUGCACUCUACCAUAAUUCAAGGAUAUUUGGAUCAUGGGGUUUAGUUCAAACCUAUCUCUAACUUGGCAGGAAUGAAAGGCUAUUUAAAUUAUUUUUCAUCAGUGAUUUGUUUUUAAACUUUAUUUCACUAAAUCACUGCAUUAGUAAAAUGUGAUAAAGGUGGGCCAGGCAUGGCACUGCAAUAUUUCACAUUUAAUGUAACAUUUUCCAUGGAGCUCACUUGGCAGCUUUAGUGACUACACAUGUACACUUAACUGUGUAGAGCAAUGUUUUUUUUAAAAAAAAAAAUCAUUUACAGACCCCUAAAAAUUUUUGAAUGAAGGUGCAGACCCCUUUGGAAAUCUUAGACAUAGCCCUUCAGGGGUCCGCAGACCACAGGUUGAAAACCACUGCUCUAUGUAAUGACAACCUUUUGCAGACCCCAGUUGGUUUGCGGACCACAGGUUGAAAACCACCAGUGUUGAUAGGUUUGAGGAGAAACGGUCAAAGGGACAUUAUACCCUAGUGUAGUGCCAAGUUUAGGAAGGCCCCAAUAUUUCUAGUAAAGCAAAAUUGUUAUGAUUUUAAUUGUUUUCCAUUUUUAGAAAAAUGUGGCAGGCUCUGAAUUGCUGCCUGCCUGGCUGAUAUUUUCUGAUGACUAAUCUUCUUGUUGAAAUAGUUAGUGCUGCAACAAUAUGACUACAUAUGAAACAAGCAUUUUCUGUUCUUCGGCUUCGCCUGUUCAGUUGUAGCAUAUCGUUCCAGUAUAUUAAUAAUUAUUUUGUUGAGUCACUGAUGUAACGGAGACUAGAGCAUUACAGUUAUUUUCUUCAAAGUCUGAGGGGGAUCUUGGGUCUUUGUCCUUACAAUUAGAAGUAUCAAAACUUUUAUAUAUUUGUAUCACCUUGAUCAAGACUUUGUGCUGUACACUGUAUAUACACAUGGUAAAAGAUAUUUCCUACCUUGAAAAGUUUGCAAUUAACAUAGACAAGAAGAGCAAAGGAGGGAAAAAAGAAGUAUUGUUAUCCCCAUUUAAUAUUUUUCCAUUCAACAUUUAGACCCUGGAACUCAUUGUCACCGGAUGUCACUGAGGCCAAGAAGUGAGCAAGAUUCAGAGAUAUUGAAAGUUUAUAUGGAUUACAAGAAUAUCCAGUUUUUAUAACUGUGAAUGCUAGAAAAAAAAUCAGUUUUGGAAGGGAUACAAAACCUCACGCUUCAGGGUUUAAACCAGUUUUUAACUCUUAGGGAUUAGAAUCGGAACUAAAUAUUGGGUAAACUAUCUCACAGCUGCUUACUGUGGGGUUAAUUUCACCUUUCUCUGAAACGUCUGGUACCAGCUGCAGUUGGAGACAGGAUACUGGACCAGCUGAAUCAUGAGGUUGAUCCAAUGUGGCAAUUCCUAUGUUCCAUUUUACAGAUGGGGAACUGGGAGAGAUUAGUUGAUUUGCCCAAGGUCACACAGGAAGUGUGUGUGCUGGCAGAGCAAGGAAUUAAACACAGAUCUUCUGAGGCCCAGUCUAGUGCCUUGACUACAAGACCACCUUUCUUCCAUACUUCAUUCUUUCUGUAUUUUUGCAUGCAUCUAUCACUAUAAAAUAACUUGAAAAAAGGUAAUAGGAGCUCUCCUCCUGCAGAAAUUUAAAGCUGAAU